GAAAGAGUAGUACACUGUACAAGUUACAACUAAGUACUAACAACGCACACAAUUACACGAUCAUUAGUCCGGUCGUUCUUUUCGUUUCGUAGUUUUUAUAGUGUGUGAUUUGAAUAUCUGUGCGUCGUUAACAGGUUUUUCUCGAGUUGUUGUAUGAGUCAAAAAACAGAAAAACCGGUACUGUCAGGUCAACGCAUCAAGACCAGAAAAAGAGAUGAAAAAGAAAAGUACGACCCUUUUGGCUUCCGGGACUACAUCCUUGGGGGCCUCAAUGGUGCCGGCACCGACCUAGAAGCUAUUUGGAAAUUCCUUGAUCAAGCCGGUUCUAAAGUCGAUUAUCGACGCUACGGGGAAGUCCUCUUUGACAUACUGAUUGCUGGAGGCCUCUUAGUACCGGGAGGAUCAAUAUCUCAAGAUGGGGACAAACUGUGGAAAACUAACGCCUGUGUUUUUGAAGCACCUGAAGAUAUGGUAUCCAUGCGUAACUAUGAACAGGUGUUUAUCAAGCUCAUGCGCCGAUAUAAAUAUCUAGAAAAAAUGUUUGAGGAGGAAAUGAAAAAAAUCUUGCUGUUCAUUAAAGGCUUUAGUGACAUUGAACGAGUUAAAUUAGCACGUAUGACAACAUUAUGGAUUUCAAAUGGUUCAAUUCCACCGACUGUUCUUCAAGUGCUCACAAAUGAGCAUUUAAUUAAAGAUGGGUUGGCAUUGGAGUUCCUUAUUGAACUAUUUGUGACUUACAAACAAGAAGUUGGUAUAGCUCACCUAUUGACCGUAUUGAAAAAAGGUGGACUUGAAGGUCGGUUGAUGGAUUUUCUACCUCCAAACAAACGAACUGAAGAACAUUUUCGUGCACAAUUUGAAGAAAAAGGGUUGUCUGAUGUUGUUAAGUUGCAUUUGGCUCAAGCAAGUCAAGAGGCCAAACGUAACUUAGAAGUGCAACUUCACGAUGAUCUUAAUGAUGGCAAACAUAUGAAAGAGAUGAUUGCAAACAUCAAAGAGCUUUCUUCAAAGCAUGACAUUCCAGAACAUGAAAUUAUAGUUUUGGUAUGGAGUGUUGUAAUGAGACAAGUGGAGUGGAAUAAAAAGGAGGAACUACUAGCUGACCAGGCUUUAAAACAUCUCAAACAAUAUUCUCCAUUAUUUUCAGCCUUUUCAACUACAGCUCGUUCUGAAUUAGCUCUUAUGCUCAAGGUUCAAGAAUACUGUUAUGAAAAUAUGAAUUUCAUGAGAGUCUUUCAAAAGAUAAUUUUACUUUUCUAUAAGACCGAUGUGUUGACUGAAGAAGUAAUUUUGAAAUGGUAUAAGGAAGGACACUCGAAGGGUAAAACAACAUUUUUGGAGCAAAUGAAGAAGUUUAUUGAGUGGCUUCAGAAUGCUGAAGAAGAAUCUGAAUCUGGAGAAGAUGAAGAUUAAACAAAAUAUAAGCACCAAGAGCCUUAAAGUAUGAAAAUCAUAAGUAAGAACACAAUAUUGUCAGCCCACGACCAAUCCAAAUAAUUACUUAGAAAACAUUUUUUUAAAUAUAUUUAUAUGUAUAACUAAAUAACACCAAUGAUCGAUUUCAAAAUGUAAUUGAAAAACAAUUGUAAGAAGUGUUUGAUCAUGAACAAAUCAUUUUAAAAACUGUUCGUAAUUUAGUCAUUCAAAAAUAUAUAUUCAUAACAUUACAGAACUUCACAAUAGUGAAAAUUAUUAUAUUCAAUUCUAUUUAUAAUGGUGGUGUAUGGCUGUAAGUGUUGUUUUUUUUAAUAAACAAAAUUAUUUUUUAAUACA